GCGCGCCCCCGCCUCGUCGCCACAGCAACGGCAGGCCGCGACGCCGCAGCAUGUCGCUGCCCGAGCCCCUGAGGAGGCGGCUGGGCUCCUUCAGCCACACUGUUUUCACCGAUAGCCACCGCACCGGCCCGCAAUACCCGGGAGACCGCGCAGAGCCGUGCCAUCUGCUGGGGUAGCCUCCUCGCCCCCCGCCCCGUCGGGCGGGAAGGCUGAAGUGCCGGUCCCAGAAGCCCCGUCGCUCUCCGCCAGAGGAAGGGGCCCUCAGAGUAACCUCGGCGACACAGGUGCCGGCCCUGCGGUGAAAAGCAGAGGUGCCUUUUAGAUGAGGUCUGGUUUCACUGUCAGUCACGUAGUGUGGCUUCAUGGAUGGUGUCUGGGGUAAAAGAACAGUGGCUGCUCUUACCACUCUGCGCUUCACAUUCUGCAUCGUUUCAGGCCUGACACAGGCUUCCUUAAAAUAGGAAGCAGGGAACAGCCUUGUUCCUAAAUGCUGGUAUAGAGAGAACACUCUACACCUGCCUUUUGCAGCUUAAAAUAUUGCAGAUAAAGUCCAUUGUUACUCAUACACCGGGCACUGUGCCUGUGCCCAAAUAAAAAGUAAAAAUGAUUGAUGGAGAACACAGAACAAACAAAAAACUGAGCUAUUGUUUUAAGCUCAGUAGUCCUGCACAGUUAGGAUACCAGAUGCUUAAAGCAAAGAGGUGUACUAAGCUAGAGUUAGGUAGCAAAAACCUUAAGCUUGCAAUAUACCAGCUUUCUCUAAUUUUUCCAAGUCUAUCACGAUGACCGAUAACUGUUCCUUCAUCAUAUUGCCAGUGAAACUUGCAGUUGAACAGGUUCCCUUUUCAUACCUUGAAAGUGAGAGGUACCAUGAAAAUAAACAGUCUGUCUACACAAAAAGGCUAUAGUCAUUUCAACUGGUAUUCAGUUGAACUGAUAUUCAGUUGAAUAUCACCAUUGUGACAGACAGGGGCACAAGACUCGAAUACAGACCGGCAGGUCACAAUGAAUACUUUCUAAACUUGCUCAGGUGGUACCAAGUGAAGACUUCAUUGCGGAAAACACAAGAAAGGAGACUGUUGGUAAUUGAAGUAAAAUGGAUGCAAUAUCAGUUACCUAGAAUAUGGCAAUGAAACUUCACCCAUUAGAAAAUGAAUGAUUCCCUUAGCAUGUCCUUUUAAUUUUUUCCUUAAGUCUAAUCUUGUAGGUCUAUUAUUAAAUCCAAAAUAUAGAAUUUACUGCCUGCAUGUUCAGUAUUUGCUUUUCUCUACAUUGUAUGAAUGCAUUUUGUUCUCUACAGACUUUAAAGGAUAAGUUUUAGUUUGACACAUAUUUGAAGUUGUUAGCUCUUAAGACCUAGAAGAAUUACUGGAUUCUUGCAACAUCACUUCCAUCCAAAUGUCUAUUUAAAGAUGGAAAAUGAAGAGUGCGUAAUGCAAACCUGCUCUCUGGCAGUAAGUACUUACUUAGGACAAUCAUCUACAAAAUAAUGAUAAUCCAGUAUAUACUCAUUUAAACUGUGACCAUUCUUUUAGGAACAGCAAUGAAAUAACCACUAACUCUUUCUGCAAUGUCAGUAUACAGCACUACUUGAGCUAAGCCUAUCAGUCAGAGAUUGUGGAGUAAGCCAUAAGCCACCAGGUAAUCAACAAUCAGACACUCAACUUGAAUAUAUGCCUAAGUGAUAAAAUUCUGUGUCCUGUGAACUGAAAGUUGCCUUAGAUUCCAGGAAAUGGUGUAACUCAAGGUAGGGUAAAAAGUUUACCUCUAGAUUUAUAAAAAUAGUAUUUUUCUUAAUGUUUAAUUUGACUGGGAAGAGUGUUGAUGCACUGCUUGAAGUUAAGACGGAGCAGUAUCUUUCUGUCGCAUUUAUGGAAGGGAAAUAUGGAACACACUAAGAGUGAUAAAGACUUCCCUCUAUCUACAGAUAAUGAAAUAGCUUCCAGUUUACCACUGCAGAUGUCCCUCUAUUUCAACGUUUAUUUUUUCCCAUUUUGGUGGCUCAGCACAGUUGUCAUGCUCCAUCUGAAGUAUCCAGUCUUGUCAGAUUACUACAAGUUCAUCCUGGUCACAAUCAUGAUCCUAGCCUCUCUAAUAGAGAUCAUUCGACUCUACCUGGGAUACAUGGGCAAUCUGCAGGAGAAGGUCCCUGAGCUGGCUGGGUUUUGGCUCCUGAGUCUCCUCCUGCAGUUGCCUAUAAUUCUCUUCUUGCUAUUUAAUGAAGGUCUGAAAAUUCAGCCGCUGGAGCGAGCGGUCCAUAUCAUCUUUGCCCUCUUCCUCACCUUCCAAGUCAUUGCAGCCUUUGUCACCCUGAAAAGAAUGGUAAACAAACUGGCAAGUCACUUCCGCCUUAAUGAAUUUGACCAGCUGGAGGAACAUCCUGUGCCUGAUUUUUACAGCCUAGGUAAAGAAGAGCAAGCAGUUUCCAUGGCUGGUAGGGGCCCAUGCUGACAAGGUUCACCCAGCAAGUGCUGCUGGGGAAUCACACACUGGGGACCUCACAUUACUACAUCUCUGUUUCUAUUUUGUUGGAUCAUUCUUUACCUUCCUAUAUCAGAGAUAUUAAAAAAAAAAAUAGGGAGUAAGCCAAAAUUAAACCUCAGAGAUUGGAACUCUACUCAGCAAGAAAAAUCAAAGCCAAUUAUAUAACUGGCUUGAGUAGACUAUUUAUGGAUUGUUACUGCAUAGGGUACCAACAGAAGGUUUGGAAAAUGUAAACCCCACCAAAGUCAUGUGGGAUUUAAAAAAAAAAAAAAAAGUCUUUUUUCCUCAUUAUUUGCACAUAACUGUUUUGUUUACAAUAAAUCUUUUGUACACAUUU